AUGCUAAGCAUUGACCUUGUUCUAUUACACCAUCUCACGUUACAAGUACCGCACUCUGUUGCACUGAUUCUGCUGGAAACAAACCUACCCUUUCUGACACACAAUAGACAUCUCACAUGUGUCUCUACAUCGUUGUCGCAGUCACAUAUUGAAAUAGUGCGCUGUGGAAGCCUGAACCCAGCUUCACUUUUACCUACUGACAUAGAUGGAGAACCCUAUUGCUGCAAAACAUUCACAAAUGAAAUGAAAAGACUACGUGUUGACAUUUUAGACCAGGGCUGCCAACUUUUGAACAUUUCAAAGAGUGAGACGGGGUCAUUUUGUGCUCUACAUUUUAUUUUUUUAUUUCUACUCUGUAUGGAAGAGGAUUAGAGCCACUGACAAGAAAAAAAUGGAAGAAAGAGAAUUCUUGCAUUUUUCUCAGAAAUAUGACUUUUUUUCUCAAAAUUAUGACUUUUAAUCUCGGAAUUCUGACAGGGAAUUGAGGGAAAAAAGUCAGAAUUCUCUUUCUUUUCUUUUUUUUUUUCUUUUCAGUGGCCCUAAUGCUCUUCCGUACCUCUGACUUUACAGAGGGAACUGACCUUUGUUUAACACAAAUUUUCUUUUCGUGAGGACAAUUUAACAUCCAUCCAUCCAUCAGCAGUAAAGAGUUACAGCUACAUGUCACAAAUGUCACACAGGAACUUUAAAUGAUAAUUAAUGUAAUUAUUUUUAAAUGCCAUCUAGGGGUGGGCAAUAUCAUGUCAUUCAUAAUAUUAACCGUUAUUAUUUCCUUCCAAGAAAAACAAUCUAUCAUGUUAAGCUAGCUUCAUGAUGUACUUGCAUCCAUUAAACACAGGAUUAUGUUCAUGUGGUCAUCAGCAUGAAGUUAUUGAAGUUAUCAAACAUGGCUGCAGUCAGUUUUACUGUAAUCUGUGUCUCUAAGUGUGUGUGCUGCUGUAAUGACUGGAUGUUCCCACUGUGGGACUAAUAUAAUUUACUCUAUUGUAUUAUAUUAAUUCAUAUCAGCCAGUAGGGGGAAAAACGUUUGAGGAAUUUUGGCCUUUCCAGGCUUCCGUACCAGUAACCUGGUUAUAGAGGCAAUGGCAGUGUUCGAGUUGAGCUGCGCCUCGCCUGGAAAACAGACGAGAGCAGACAGAAGCAGCAGGGGGAGUGGCUGAAAGCCGGCGUUUAAGUCGGACAGAUUUCCCUACAUGUGUAGCUCACGGGUGACGAUGGAUGAAGAUAUCGCGUUAGAGUUCAUACUUGUUUAAUUUUCAAUUGUAAUUAUGGUGCCUGUUAGCAGCUGAAACACAUCCUCACGUGCUUCUGGAUAUCAUAUACUGUAUAUGAAGACAUGACUGUAAUAAUUAUUAUUAAUAAGUAAAGGUUAUCAGCUGUAGGUUUAGUGAGCUCAUAGGAAAUGUGACAAAAGAACACAAAACAUAUUCCUCUUCAUGGCCUAUAUAGUUGUCAUCAUCAACGUUACAUGAUUUACAGAAUACAUUGUAGGAUCUAAAAUCAGUCUUCUGUGUGUACGUGCAGUCUGACAUCCUGUUUAUCAGUCCAGCUUCUGCGUACGUGCUCAACAUCAUGUUGUUCAGUCCAGCUUAUGUAAGCUUAUGUAACUUUCAGUAACUCUUAACUUCUUUGACCAUAUUGGGAAGUGAAAAACAGCACACCAUCAUUUCCCGAAAUCAAAGGAAUGUGGGAGUAAGCGCCAGCAACAUGAGUAUAACUGAUGCUGCAUGUUGAGGGAGAGAGGGGCUUUUGCAGAAGGAUUCCAGCCGAGGCUUUUAGUACCAGGCUGGACGCUCUCCCAUGAGCUGUUGGUGAUGUAUGGAUGAGUUGUACAAAUAAAUGCCCCACGCUGUGUUUGGACGAACCUGUCUGUCUCUUGUGUUUUGAUAAGGCAAAAGAACAACAUUCUGGUGACCACGUAGUGGGAGUAGAGGCGUGCUUUUCGGAUCGGUUCACGGUCUAUGGAAUUUUGACUCCUGGGCCCUAUAGGUAAGAACAAUUUUUGUUCAAUUUUGGAGUUAUUCCGUUGGUUGUGAACUGGUCUGGGAGAAAAAACAUGCCCUGCUCAUAAUUUAGAAGUUAUAACAACAAGAGAAUGCAUUUGUCCAGAGCAGCGGUGCAAAAUAUUCACACGUGUGAAGUCAGCUGAGUCAUUUUGAUGACGGACAAAUUUUAAGUGACAAAUUAAAGGUGGGACAGCAAAUUGGAAUAGAAUUUGAACAGCUGAUAAGGUUCUGAGAAAUCCAGUCUGCUGACUCGGUAGAGCAGAGACGGGGAUUUAAAGAUAACAGUUGAAGAAAAAGCGCUGAAGUUGUGACAGAGAUAAGCUUUGCCUGAAGUUCGGUCAAUUCCCCGGGAAGUGGUAAAUUUCAUGAGUUGUUGGCAAAGGCAUGUGAUGAUGUCAUAGUUGCAGCAAAGAGGCUGUAAAAAAUGGGCCCCGUGAACUCGGGGGUACCUGUCUGUCUGUUGAGUUUUUUUUUUGUGUGUGUGUGUAUGAGGCGCCAGAGGUUAGAAGGAGGAAAAAGGAAAAAAAGAGGAAAAACUAGGAGAAGCCUUAAGAAACGGUGUAAAACAGAUCAACAAUAUUCACUGCAGUGCUAAAUUUGAUGUUUAAGGUUAUACAAAUUUCAAAGUCUGUGAUCCUGUUCUAAUUAGUCUUUAAACAGAAAACCAGAAGUUGAAUAAUAAUAAUAAUAAUAAUAAUAAGUUUUUAAAGUGACAUAUAUAUAAAUAAAAAUAUAUACUGAAGUGCACAAGCUUGAUAACUAUUUUUACCAGCUGGGUAAUGUGAAAUAUGAGAAAUAUAGAUUAUGAUUAAUAAAUAAAUAAUAAUGUUUAUGUGUCUUGCGUGUUUGGCAUGAAAUGUUGCUCCAGUGUCAAAUUGCUCUGAAGUGUGUUUUUCUAAUCUUUAUGCAAGUGUGAAAGCUCUGCUGUGUGUGGUUGUUUUACUCGUGGAAGUGUUGACAAAAUAUGGAUGGUUUGUGUUAGGUUAGAUAAGAAAAAGGUUUGGUGAAAGCUCAAAUACUCUGAUUUUGUUUAAACUAUUGCUUGGAUAAAUUAGAGAGAAACUGAUUUUUCUUCUGCUGAUUCUGUCUCUAUUGUGGUUGACUCUUUCCUGUAUUGUAAUGUUAUAAAGCUGUCUGAGAGUUGUUAAAUUCUGAAGGCUGAAUGCACUUGGUGUCACCAGCCUGUUUGUUUCUCCGUACAGACAACCUCAGCUGUCAGACUCUAAACUUAGACUGGACAGAAGAACCAGAGUAGAAGUGUAAGCUCCACCUACCAGCUGUGUGUGCGCUCCUUUCCACACACACACACAGACACAGAAGUACAGAAGCGAUCCCGCCUCUGACUCCACCUCUGUGUGUGGAUUGGUUGGUGAGCCAUAGGGCGUAGAGAAACCCUACCCUGUGGGCUGAGUUUUGCUCACACACGAGCUCGGGACUAAGGAUACGGCUAUUUUUAGCCUGCUCCAUGCAGCAGCCCACACCAACCUGACUCUCUGCAGCGACAGAAGACUCAUAUUUUGCAGCUGAACUGCUGGGGGAAAUAAAUACAUAUUCAAUCCAGAUUUAAAAGUUUCACUAUAAAAACUUUCAGGCAUUAAGUUUUUCUUUCAACAAUGAAUAAAGCUUUUUGAACUAACUUUACUUUAGUGUUAAAUCAGAAGAGAUUUGAUUUUAAGGCAUUUAUAAUAAGAAGAUAAAUUGUUGAACAUUUGUGUAAACAAAACAAUAGAUUACUCAAGACUACAGCAUCAUAUGUCACCAGUAUCUGUUUCAACUUUCAAUUUUUGUUCUACUUUCAGGAGAUUAUAAAUAAACAAACUAGUUUACUAAUCAGAGGGAUAAGUGUUAAUGAAACUUCAAAAUGUCGGUCACGCCAGCAGGAAUUUUGACAGCAAAGAAUCCUGCUUUAGCAAAAGAGAUAAAGCACAUGUCAGAAAAGUGGUCGAAACGGACGAGAAAACUAUGCAAUCCGUGGCCAUCUGAUGGCACUUUUGAUGUCGCAGCUUGCGACAAUUUGGAGUUGAGAAUUCAGGAUUAUAAAGCAGAUGGGUCCAAGAAAAGACAGCAGAAAAGAGAAAAGGAAAUUCAGAUCCUGGACUUAUUCAGGAAUGAAGGAAAGAUUUACAGACAGAACUUUAAACACGCCAUCCUUAAAAUGAAAGACAAAUUGGACAAACCCCAGAAGGAAGUGAAGGCCCCAGCAGAAGAGGGCCUGUAUCCCCUUUUGGGAACCGUUACAAUUACGGGAGAUUUUGAUUUGCGCGACACGUUCGACAAAGGUCCUAAGGGUUAAGAUGUUGACAAUGCAAUUUUAAAAUUAACAACAUCACAGCAAUCAGAUGAAGCACCUGGCAAAGAAAAGCAUGCAAAAGGAAGUGAGGAAAGGGAAUUGGAACAAACAACUCCACCUCGUGGAACGCAUCCAAAAUAUUGCAGCACAGAACGUCGAGCGGUAAGUGAAGAAGGACGAAGGAUGAUUGAUUGUUUUGCAGAACAUAAGGAUUUUUUGAAAAGGCAACCGAAGGCUAACUCAUACUGGAUUGACCUUGAGAAUAAGGAUGUAAAUGUACAUGAUGAGCUAAACGAUGUUGACCAAAUUAUACAGGAAAUAUCUCAGGGUCUGCAGAAGUCCCUAAAUCACAUCAAAGGCACACAUUCAGAUGAGGAUAGUGAGAACACCACUAGCACAAGUAAGGAGAAAAGUUUCAAGCCUUUUUACAAACCAGGCAUUCACUCACCAGAGCCUGUUGCUCCGAAUACAGUUCAGACUCAAGAGAAGGAAAAACCAGGUCCUAGCAGUGAAAACCGGGAUCUGAGACCCAGACAUGACUUAAAACCACCUAUUCGAUACACUGAUGAUGGUCAGUACCCAAUUUUAAUUAAGGGCACAAGAGCUAAUUAUAUUCCCUGGCAGAGCCUCAACCUCACUGGUUUGGUUUCGCGGCUACCCGAGAUACAGGAAGGCGCUGGAAAGUGGAUUAGGGCUUUCGAACAGGAGACAACUGGGCUAAUGCUUGCCUUUGGAGAUCUCAAAGCUAUUUUGGCUCGAGUUGUUGGGACAUCAGCUAUGGGAACAUUGCUCGCAUCCAAUGGAGUUCAAUGGAUGCUGGACCCAAUGGCUGACGGCACAGAGUUUAACACACACAGAAAUGCACUCUGGAACAUACUAAGAGCGGCAUAUCCCAACAGGAUUGAUCCCAAAGCCUUGAAAGGUGAGCCACUUUCAGAGACUGAGAGACCUGCGUCGUUCGUUGACAGCCAGCUCAGACGGUGGAAGCUGGAGACGGAGGACGGUCCUGAGGGGACGCCAAUAAUGACUUCUCUGUUCCGAACAUCCCUGAUUUCCACUCUCCCGACUCCUGUGCGAGACAAACUGGAGGAUGUGGUGGGACUGGACUCAAUGCCACAUGCACAGUUCAGAGACCAUGUAGUCCACGCAGUGGACCGCUAUCGGAAAGACAAUAACAAAAUGCUUGAGCAAGAAAAGUGUGCUCUGAGAAAACUCACGCAGCUGCAUAUAAAUGAACUCCAGAACAAGGCCAAAACCCAGGCAGCAGUUGUGAAGAGUGACAGCAAAAGUGACAGUCAAACCCAAGCAUUGCAGACAGCUGUGGCCCCGCCUCAAACUCCAUCUCAACCGGUUAUCAAUGGCUACCCAAACCAUUAUGGUAGACAGCAGCCUGGACCACAGAGACGAUUUCCAAAUCGUUUCCCUAAUCGCUACCCAACCCAACAAGGCUGGGUGCAGCAGAAUCGACCCCCACCUACAGGUCCAUGUUGGGGGUGUGGCCAGAUGGGUCACCUGUAUCGAGGCUGUCCGAAUCCAAUUGCAAACCCUGGAUGGUCUGGGCGUGGUCGUGGAACACGACCAAACCGGGGAAGAGGAGGUCCAGUUAAUCCAUGGGCAGCACAACAAGGAUUCUAGGGAUGCCCGGAGG